AUGUAGUGUCAAGAACUUUGGACAGAAAUUAUACCUAAACCAUCAGAUCCCAAUUCAAAUUUAACAAACCAAGUAUGGUGUACUUGUUUUAAUAAUGACGGUACAGUUGUAUUAGCAUGUGUAGGUGAUGCAAUUUUAGCUUAUGACGUGUAAUCUGGCGAAAUGUUAAAUAAACCAAUAAGAGGAGCACAAAAAGAAUAAAUAAAUUGUAUUAGAUUUUCAAAAGAUGGUAAAAGAUUUGCAACAGCAAGUAACGACAAAACUGUAUGGAUAUGGAAAUUCGAUAUUUAAUAAAAUCCUAAAAUUUCCGCCGAAGUGAAAUAUUCCCAUAAUGAUAAAGUCUAUUGUUUAUCUUUCAACCCUUUAACAUAACAAAUAUUUUCCGGCGGUAUAAACGACUACUCAGUAUGGACUCCAGAUCAAGCUAAUAUCGAAAAAGGUAAAUAUAAAGAUAAAAUAAUAACCUGUGCAUGGAGCGCGGAUGGUUUAUAUAUUGCGUUUGGUACUAUGUCUGGUUAAAUAUGUAUCAAAAACCGUUUAAUGGAAAUAAAAGCUGAAAUAAACCGAAGCGCACCAAUUUGGUGUAUGGAUUGGACUCCUGUAACUCCUGAUUUUUAAGACAGUAAUUUAUUAGUAGGUGUAUGGGAAGGAUGCUUAAGUUUUUAUAAUAUAUAGGGAUAAUAAUUAGGUAAUGAUAAAAAAUUGGGAUUUGAUCCACUAGAUAUAAACUUCAGUUCAUAAGGAGAAUUUUAUUUAGUUUCCGGAACAAAUAAAAAAAGCACACUUUAUACAAGAGAUGGGGGAUUCCUUAUUGAUGUAGUUUAGAAAAAUGACUGGGUUUGGAGUGGAAAAUUUAAACCGAUAGUUAAAUAAUUAGGAGGGGUUAACAAUGAUUAACUUUAUGUAAGUUUUUCCACUAAUGAUGGUGUUAUUGGAAUAUCGAAAAUCUAAUAGUUGACAGUACAUGGUUUAUAUAAAAAUAGAUACGCCUAUAGAGAUAAUUUAACUGACAUAGUAGUAUAAAAUAUGAGUGUUAAUUAAAAAAUAAGAAUAAAAUGUAAAGAACUAAUAAAAAACGUAAGUAUAUAUAAGGAAAAAUUAGCUGCUCAUUUAAGCGAAAGAAUUCUAGUUUACGUUUCUAAUUCAGAUGAUUCUUAACUUAAAUAUAAACUUUUAAAAAGAAUGGUAAAAAAAAUAGAUGCCUAAAUUAUGGAAGUACUCACUUCUCAUAUUUUAGUAGCUAUCAAAAAUAAACUUUAAAUUCUUUAAUUUUCAGGAGAUUUGGAAAGGGAAUGGAUUUUCGAUUCAACAAUUAGAUCAAUAAAAAUUCUUGGAGGAAUGUCAGGAAAAGAAGGGGCUAUAAUUGGACUGAAAAAUGGUUAAGUUUAUAAAAUUUUUAUAGAUAAUAGUUUCCCUAUUUAGGUUAUUAAUCUUAAUGUACCAAUCAGAAUGAUUGAUAUUUCAUAAAAAAAGAAAAAAAUUGCAAUCGUUGAUGAUAAUAACAAUUUAACUGUUUAUGAUGUUUUCUAGAAAGAAUAAAUUUAUUAAGAAAUGAAUGUUCUUUCUUGUGCAUUUAAUUAUGAUUUUGAUGAUAUGUUGACUUAUUCAGGGAAUGAUAUGACAUUUAUAAAAAGUUCUGGUCAUCCACCUUUAUCUUAAAGAAUGUCAGGAAAUGUAGUUGGAUUUAAAGGAAACAAAUUAUUUGUAUUAAAUGAAAAUGUAUUAAGUACUAUUGACAUAUCUAUGACUUAAACAAUGUUAAAAUAUUUAGAAAAAAAAGAUUUUUAAUAAGCUUAUGAAGUAGCUUUAUUAGGAGUUACAGACGCGGAUUUAUUACAUUUAGGAAAUGAGGCAUUAAUAGCCAGUUAAUUUAUGAUAGCUAAAAAAUGUUAUGUUAAAUUAAAAAAGCUUGACUUUGUAUAUUUACUCGAAAGGGCAGAAAGGGAUAAAAUAAAAAAUUAAUUUAACGAAAGUAUAUAUUAAGGGGAACUUUUUGCCUUAUAGCAGAAAUUCCAUGAGGCUGAAAAUGCAUUUGUAAAAGCCAACCAAAGAUAAAAAGCAAAAGAAAUGUAUAUUACUUUAAAAGAUUUCACAAAAGCAAAAAGAGUCGCGAAUUCUGAAGUUUUAACUCCCUAAUCUAGAUAAGGAUAAAGAUAAGGCUCACCCAAAAACGAUAAUGGGUUUGUGUAAGAAAAAAGCAAGGAAUUAAUUAAAUAAGAAGCGGAAUGGAAAUAAAAAACUGGAGAUUGGAAAGAAGCUGGUGAGUUAUUUAAGGAUUACUUGAUGUAUCAAGGAUAGCUGAUGUGGAGACUUAGAGAAAAGAAAUUGAAAUAUGUGUGGCAUAUUUUAAAACUUGAAAAAUGGGAAGAAGCAUUAGUUUUAGCAAAGUCAAACCCCGAAUUACUUGAAUUAGUAAAACUUCCUUACGCAAACUGGCUUUCCAGACAAGAUAGAUUCGAAGAAGCCUUAAAAGCAUAUCGAAAAAUCGGAUAAUCUGAAUAUUCGACAAAAAUGCUACAAAAAUUAUCACAAAACGCAGUUUACGAGAAACGAUUUACAGAUGCUACUUUAUAUUUUUGGAUGAUAUCCACUGAAUAUUUAAACUUAGUAAAAAAUGGAAAACAGCCUUCUUUAGAAGAUUAACAAAAUAUUAAAUUAUUUUAACAAUACAGAGAGUAUGCUUAAAUAUAUUUCGCUUAUUCUAAAAUCCAUUAAUUUGUAGAAGAACCAUUUUUACCACUAAGCGGUCAUUAAUAUAUGUUAAAUAUAUUCAACGCAGCCCGAUUUGCCAUAAAUAAAUUAGGAAAUCGAAGCUUAUAUGGAGUAAAGCAUUCAUAUUUAUAUUAUUCAUUAGGUAAAGUAAGUAAAUAACUUGAGGCAUACAAAACAGCACGUAUUUGUUAUGAAAAACUUGCAGGGUAUAAAAUCCCUUCAGAUUGGACUGAAGAAAUAGAACUUAGUAGUUUACUUGUAAGAUCAAAAGUAUAUAGCGAUGCUGAAAAUUUAUUGCCUAUUUGUAGUAGAUGUAUGAAUUAAAAUCCUGUACUUACUGAAGGGAAUAAAUGUUCUUCGUGUUUGCAUUCGUUUGUGAAUUGCUUUUUAUCUUUUGAGAAUUUACCAGUUGUUGAAUUUAAAGUUAAUUAAAAUAUUAAUCAUAAAAAAGUUAUAGAGUUAAUUAAUUCUGAUAAAUCUAAAAUUCCUAAAACUUAAAAAAAAAAAAAAGUUGAUGACGGAUGGUAAGAAAAUAAUUUAGGCGAUUAAUAAGUUCUUACUUUUAAUUAAUCCCCAAAUAAAAAUAAUGUUGAAAAUAGUGCAUUUAUUGAUAAAUUAUAAGAAAUAUUUGAAAUGUAAUAAACUACUUAAGAAUAUAUUCCCUUAUAAUUAGAUGAAUAAGUAUUGUGUACUUUAAAUAUGGAUGAAGUUUAUUGUGUUGAUUUUACUAGAUAUUGUUUGACUUAUGAUAUUACUUAUUAUAAAUCUAUGAAUAAUGAUGUUCUUUUGAAAGUAUGUAAUGAAUGUUGUAGCUUUUUUAUUUUAGAUGAAUAUGAAUUCGAAUUUAUUAAAAAUGGUAAAUGCUCUUUCUGUAGAAUUGCAGAUGAAAGAACUGGUGUUUAAAAAGAUAUUUUUGAUUUAUGA